GCCAGCUGGAGCCAUGUGCACACCGAUUUGGAGUUUCAAAGCCUCAAGUACUGAGGAAUUGAGGAUACUCUGACAAGUGUCCCUGAUUCCAAACUGCAUUUCAAAAAGUGCUUCGACAACGAAGACUGAAAAUCAUUAGACGCCGCGUCUCUCUUCCACUUUCAUUUCCAACCAUCCGUGCAGUGUUGCUGUCGUCGUGGAGAUGGGGAUCUCAUUACCCACGAGAAUUAAACUUGCAACGCUCGGGCGUAGAAACGCCGAGCAGGGCCGACUGCGCGCCUCCAGGCAGUCAGACUUCGCGAGGGCUCAGCGACCAGGGGUCAGCUCUGUGAACCCACCAGCUUAUGCGAGUGGGUGGGAAACCCGUUCCCAGCGGUUACAGCAAGUCAACGGGAGACUCAGGCGCGUGCAGUCUGCAGAGGGGCCGGUAUCUGGGAAACGUCCCCGGGACAAUGCUUCCUGCCCUACAGCGCCCACACCUCCCGGGAUCCACUAUUUCAAGGUCACAAGCCGACCGAAGCAGCGCGACACCACCCGAGGGGGUGUUGAUACGGACUGGGCACCUGAAAUUCUUGCUGCGAAGCAGAAACUCCACCUGCACCUACUGCGUGCCCCGUCGAGCCAGGUCUUCCAAACAUGCCCGGGCAUGGCAGAGAGGGUCCCCAGCAAGCGCCUGCCGUCCCCUGCGGACACGCAGGGCCCCCGACGGCCCUGGUCUGUGGCAUCUGUGGUCGGAACAGCGGUGGCCGGGCUCUGGGCCAGCUCGCCCGUGGCUCGGAGGGGUGGGGGCGCCCAGGACCGGGCGUGGGGCGGGGGCAGCAGCGCCAGGCCCCGGCUCCCGGGCUGUCAGCCUCAGGCCUCGCUCCUGCCCUCGCUGUCGCCGCCCUGCCCGCUGCAGCUGCACGGAUCCUCGCCACAGGCCGGGGCCUGA